UCACCAUACUAAAAAUUGACAGUUAGGAUAUAGUUAGUUUGGCAAGUAAGCAUAUAUGAUACCAAUUACCGUCAUUCCAUUUCCGUCUGCGCCAUAGACAUCACAUGUUUCUCGAAGAUUACAGAAGAAGGUGUUUUAAGUUCUCACACCUUUGCAAAUUGAUGACCCCCAAAUGAAAACCGAUGAUACCAGGCGUAGAAACUUGAAGAUAUAAAGAGUGGAAGGGGACAAUAACUGUAUACCCAUAGUCGCAAUUUUGUUUCAGAGUGACGCCAAUUCUUUGCAGUUGAAAAGCCUUGACUAAAUCCCUGUCUAUAUCAGUUGGUAUUUCAAUUAAGCUAUAUUCGCAGGAAAUCUGGCUAAUUCAAAAAAUAAAUAUUAGCUGAAGGUUUUAAGUGAAUUACAAAAAGUCAAUCGCCCGAGUACAUAAAUAUAGAUUGUCCCGUACAGAGACACAUGUGUGACAUUGAUAUCUGGAGUAUUAGGAUGAUAGCCUUACCGAACCUAACAUGAACAUAAGAAUUCGAUUUAUCAGCAAAAUCCUUGAAAGAUAAAAUUAUUAGACAAUUACUGUAAUCAUGUUUUUAAACAAUUGCGUAUUGACGUUCACUGUAAUGAGAAGGUUUGAUGGAAUCGAUUGACUAACAAAGAAUACAAAUUUCGGCAUUUAAAAACGGAUUUUCAAUUUUUAUUUUAUUUAAGGAAAGUAUUUUGUAACAAGAAUACAUUUAAAUAUUUGUCUUCGAUUCCGCAUUGGAAAUAUUCAGUAUUUACAGAGUCUGCAGUCGAUUAAUAAAAACUUUGCAUUACUCUUGGAUACGUCAUAAAAUAGCACAUCGGAAAUGGAACUAAGCUGAAAUAAUUUUGAUUAUUAUCUGUCACUUUUUUGUAUUUUAGAUACGGUUGAUGUAGUGUUUCAUUAGUGAUUAGACGUGAUGUCAAAAUCUUCAGUUCAUAUUCGAAUGUCAGAUAAGGAUAAUUUCCUUCACGAACAUGAAAUAUUUGAAAUGAUGAAAUCGAGAACACUUUAUCAAAUGCAGUUUGACCUUAGAAGGAAACUGGACAAACGAAUACGUUCAAUUGAAUUGGCUGAAAAAGUGCACAUGUCAACAUUUCAGAGUAAAAAAACGGUAUUUCUAAAUAAAAUGAGAGAAAAGAUACGACAGAAAAACUUUAAAAGAUUUAGCACGGAAAUAAUGCGAGACAGUGUAGAGGCUGAGGCUGAGGUUGAGGCUGAUAUUAACUUUUUGUCUGAGGACGAAAAUGACGACGAUGAUCUUUUGAAUAACAAAGACACGAACAAGGAGAAUGUUCGAAAAAAUAUCAGAUCAAAAUCAUUAGUGAGUGUGAUUACUUCAGAAGGUGAAAAAUUAUCUGAACGUCCAAUUACAUCUCGUUCUGUUGUGUCUCUUAACGGGAAAUCCUUGGCAGUUGCCAAAAGUAGUGGCAGGCAACGUAUAGACCAAUCUGUAGAAAGCAACAAGGCCCUUGUAACAGAAAUAACUAUAUAUCCUGGAGAUUUCACCGAAGAGCUGGCUACAGUGAACACUAUAUCUCACACCUCUGGAAUCAACGAUAAAGUUAAAACCAAUCGUGCUGAGGAAAAACAUAGGAAGAAUACCAAAUUCAACCUAAAAGAAAAUGAAUUAGAGAAUCGCCUUUCGCUCCCUACAAUUCCAAAUGCCGAAGUAGUUAAAAACUUAGCGUCGUUUGAAAUGGGAACCUUAACACCAGACGGACAUCUUCUUUUAACUAAAGAUGAUUACAAAAACUAUAUGGACAAAUUUGAAAGAAAACGAGAAAAAAGAUUGUGUAGAGUUCGUAGGCAGAGUGAAUCGCUGGAUCAAAAAGUGCGAGACUUUACUAUAGAUGAGGAAUAAACAGGGAUUUUAACGAUUUUUUUAACUUAAAAAUGGAAAAUAGGAAAAAUUAAUUAAAGGUAGUAUUCGCAA